AUGGGGAACAGUUCGGAAGAUUUGUCUCAAACCAAGAAUGGAAAUGCAGCUUCCGCCCGGCACGAGGGGAUCCCCGAAAUCAUCACCGAGAACUCGUAUGGGAAGGAGCCGGAGAGCGAGGACAAGCGCCAAGCCACAGGCACAGGGAGGGAGCAGAAAGAAUUCGACAUGAUCUAUAAAAUUGAAGACGUGCCCCCAUGGUACCUCUGCAUCCUGCUUGGCUUUCAGCACUACCUGACCUGUUUCAGUGGGACGAUCGCCGUCCCGUUCCUCCUGGCAGAGUCCCUGUGUGUGGGAAAGGACCAAUACACAGUCAGCCAGCUCAUCGGCACCAUCUUCACCUGCGUCGGGAUCACCACGCUGAUCCAGACCACGCUGGGGAUCCGACUCCCCCUGUUUCAAGCAAGCGCACUCGCCUUUCUGGUUCCUGCCAAGUCCAUCCUGGCUCUAGAGAAAUGGAAAUGUCCCCCAGAAGAGGAGAUCUACGGCAAUUGGACAUUACCACUGAACACAUCUCACGUGUGGCACCCGAGGAUGAGAGAAAUCCAAGGGGCGAUCAUCGUGUCCAGCCUGGUGGAAGUGGUGAUCGGGCUUGUGGGGCUGCCAGGAGCACUGCUCAGCUACAUUGGACCUCUCACCGUCACUCCCACCGUCUCCCUGAUAGGACUGUCAGUCUUCCAAGCUGCGGGGGACCGCGCAGGAUCGCACUGGGGCAUUGCAGCAUUAUCCAUUUUUCUGAUUGUUUUAUUUGCCCAGUACCUGCGAAAUGCGACCUUUCGGCUGCCUGGGUACAAAUGGGGGAAAGGUUGUAUUGUGUUCAGGCUACAGAUCUUCAAAAUGUUCCCGAUCAUCCUGGCCAUCAUGGUGGUGUGGCUGCUGUGCUAUAUUUUAACACUGACGGAUGUUUUCCCACGCGAUGCUGAGGCAUAUGGCUACAAGGCCAGGACGGACGCCAGGGGGAAAAUCAUGUCAAUUGCACCCUGGUUUCGUCUACCGUACCCUUGUCAGUGGGGCUUGCCCACCGUGACAGCAGCGGCUGUGUUAGGGAUGUUCAGCGCUACCCUGGCUGGCAUUAUCGAGUCCAUCGGGGAUUACUACGCCUGUGCCAGGCUGGCAGGGGCUCCGGCGCCACCCAUCCACGCCAUUAAUAGAGGCAUUUUUACAGAGGGGAUCUCCUGUAUCAUAGCUGGGCUGCUGGGAACGGGCAACGGCUCCACAUCCUCGAGCCCCAACAUCGGUGUCUUGGGCAUCACAAAGGUGGGCAGCAGAAGAGUGGUGCAAUAUGGAGCUGGGAUCAUGCUUGUUUUGGGAACCAUCGGCAAGUUCACGGCUCUGUUCGCCUCUCUCCCUGACCCUAUCCUCGGAGGGAUGUUCUGUACAUUAUUUGGCAUGAUCACAGCUGUUGGCCUUUCCAACCUGCAGUUUGUUGACAUGAACUCCUCCCGCAAUCUUUUCAUUCUGGGAUUCGCAAUGUUUUUCGGGCUGACGUUGCCAAACUACUUGGAUUCGCGCCCCAAUGCCAUUAACACAGGUGUUCCUGAAGUGGACCAAAUAUUAACAGUGCUGUUAACAACAGAAAUGUUUGUUGGGGGUGGCAUUGCCUUCAUAUUGGACAACACCAUUCCAGGGACACAGGAGGAGCGUGGGCUGGUUCAGUGGAAGGCCGGAGCACAUGCAGACAGAACCACAGCUGCAAAUUUGAAAACCUACGAUUUUCCAUUUGGAAUGAGCGUGGUAAAAAGGAUACAGUGGUUGAAGUAUGUGCCAGUAUGCCCUGUUUUCAAGGGAUUUAAUUCAAGAACAAAAAGGAAUUGUGACACAAUGGAAAGCGUUCAAGAAAACACAGACAACCUGUUCAUAUGUACUAAGGUCUGA